GAGCUGAUAUUUCACGCUGUGAGUGGGAGUGAGAGUAGUAAGAGAUAUAAUAAAAUAUACCACCGAAGCAAGAGCGGAUAGUUGAUAUAUGCAGUAGCAAGCAAACGAUAACCAGAAGCACGUGAGAGUCCAAACCAGUGUGCUCAGUUAUGAGUUUGCUUGUAUACAGAAAAGCAAAACAACUCUGAUCGUCACUAACCCACAAGCAGCCACUCAGCUAGGCAUUGACAGCGAGUUAUCGCCAAGGGAGUUAAUUUGAAUCAGUUUUUCCAAUCUUAGUUUCAGUAAGGUUUGCUAGUAAUUUCUCGCAGCUAUGGGAACAGGUGCAAAAAACUACCAACCGCCAGAUUGGAUUACGGCCGAGUUCUUACAGGAUGUAUUGAAGGAAUAUUUCAAAGAUGAUUCACUGCAAGUGCAGGAGAUUUUGGUGAAGAGUGCUUUGAGUGGUGAAAACGGCAGUGGUUUUGCCAGCGAAAUGCAUCGUGUAACCUUUAACUUGGCGCGGAAAGAUGGUACUGGGCGCUUUUCGGUGAUAAUCAAAGAUCACCCGAAGGGCUAUACCGGCGUAGUAGCACACAAAAGUAAACUAUUCAAACGUGAAAUUCUUGCAUACAAAGAAAUUUUGCCCCGUGUGGAGGCGUUACUCGCUUCGAUUGGCGACAAAACGAAAAUUGCGCCUGCUUGCUAUUACACCACCGAAACUCCAGAGCCUUUCCUUGUUCUGGAGGAUAUGCAGCUAACGGGCUAUGAAAAUUUUGAAAAAUGCCGCUUACUCAAUUUGGACUAUACUCUGCCGACUAUUGAAAGAUUAGCCAAACUGCAUGCCUGUAGCGCAGUUAUAGCCAAGGAAACGCCAGAAGUAUUAGAAUUCUUCAAAGAAGCACCGAUUUCGAGAAAUCCAGAUCGUAAGGAUUUCCUAUCUUUCUUCCCAGUAAAUGUACGUUGUGUAGCUGAGGAGUUAACACACUGGAAGGGUUAUGAGGAGAUCACCGAGAAGAUGUUUAAAUUGGCGGAAAAUGUGCUUCAAAAUGCUCUAGAAAUGUAUGAGUCUCAUGAAGAGGGCUUCCGCGUAUUCAACUUGGCCGAUUUAUGGGUAGACAACCUCAUGUUCCACAUCAAUAAUGACACGAAAGAACCUGAUGCUGCAGUAAUGUUGGACUUUCAAUUGUCUUACUAUGGCUCUCCGGCUGUGGAUCUAAAUUACUUCCUCUUUGGUUCGCUGAACGAAAAUGUGCGCAAAGUGCAUUUUAAAUUCAUAGUACGCGAAUAUCAUCGCAUUUUAAAGGAAACGCUGGAGAAGCUCAACUACGACGGGUAUAUACCCACUUUGAAGGAGACGAAUAUUGAGCUUAUCAAGAACAGCCUACAAGGUGUCAUCGCCGCCACAUGCCUUACUCCGUUGAUAUUUAUGGAAGCGACUGGAGAUGAAAAAUUGGAAAAUCUCACAUCACGCACCGAGGAAGGUGAUCAGAUGAGACGAACAAAUGUUGAAAAUCCCAAAUAUCGUGCAUUUCUGCAGCGCACAGUGAAGGAGUUCGAGUUGUGCGGAUUCCUAGACUAGAGAAAAAAAUGUGCAAGUGUACACUGCUUUGUAAACAAAUGUAUUUUUUAUGAAACUGAUUUACAAACAACCUAAAUAAAGUCCAAAAUUACGGGCUGGUCACAAAUUA